GCAGCAGUCAAGUAACAACAAACUAUCACAAAAUGAAAUUCCUCAUCUGUUUGGCUCUCCUUUUCGCCGUUGCCCAGGCUAACCCCGGUUUGGUGGCUCCUUUGACAUACUCCGCCGCUGCCGUGCCCGCUUAUUCCUCCUACGCUGCCUCACCCUACGCUGCCGCACCCUACGCCGCGUACUCGACCUAUGCCGCACCCGCUGUUGCUACCUACUCCCACGCUCCUUACUCUGCUCCAGCUGUGGCCACUUACUCGCAUGUUGCUGCCCCAGCUGUCUACAGUGCUCCUGUUGCCCGUUUUGCGGCUGUUGCUCCAGUAGCACCAAUAGCACCAGUCACCUAUACCGCCCCUGUUGUAUCCACUCUUUUGAAGAAGAAAUAUAACGUUGAGACAACAGGGGCGGCAUACGCAACAGGAGCGAUAGGAGCGACAGCAGCAACACGAGCCACUGGAGCGCUGUACACAGCAGGUGCGGCAAAGGCGGCAAAUACACACACAACUGUUACUUGCUCUGCGAAAUUUGACUAUAAAUUAUGCUCGACGGGCUGUAGCCGACAUCAGUUAACUCGCAGCAGUCAAUUAACAACAAACUAUCACAAAAUGAAAUUCCUCAUCUGUUUGGCUCUCCUUUUCGCCGUUGCCCAGGCCAACCCCGGUUUGGUGGCUCCUUUGACAUACUCCGCCGCUGCCGUGCCCGCUUAUGCCUCCUACGCUGCCUCACCCUACGCUGCCGCACCCUACGCUGCGUACUCGACCUAUGCUGCACCAGCUGUUGCUACCUAUUCCCACGCUGCUUACUCUGCUCCAGCUGUGGCCACUUACUCGCACGUUGCUGCUCCAGCUGUCUACAGCGCUCCUGUUGCCCGUUUAGCCGCUGUUGCUCCAGUAGCACCAGUCGCCUACACUGCCCCUGUUGUAUCCACUCUUUUGAAAAAGUAA